GCAGCCGCAGCGCUGGUGGAGAAGCGCGCGGCCGCGAGCUAAGGAGGGAGGGAAGGAAGGAAGAGAGGGAGGCCGGCAGGCUGUCGGGCGCGGGGGUCGGGAACUGAGGCAGUAGAGGGAGGUGAAAGCCCGGCAGCCGCUUCGCGCUGUUUGCUGCGCGGGCUUUUGGAGGGGGCAGCCCUAGAUUCGGCUGAGGAGAGGAGGGCACCGGCGGCGUUGGUGUUAGCGCCUGGGGGCGGGGGACCAGAGAGGCGAGAAGGGGGGUCGCUGCGGUGGUUCUCUCGCCGUCGCGCGCUCUUUCCUUGCCUCUCUCCGGGCUCGGUGGGCUCCUCCCGGCGUCUCUCUCGCCUCCGGGGCCCCGCUCCCCGCCCCCCGCGGUAUGUCUUGAUCCCGAGCAGCGGGUUUCAUGGGGCUCCUCAGGAUUAUGAUGCCGCCCAAGUUGCAGCUGCUGGCGGUGGUGGCCUUCGCCGUGGCGAUGCUCUUCUUGGAAAACCAGAUCCAGAACCUGGAGGAGUCCCGGUCGAAACUAGAAAGGGCCAUUGCAAGACAUGAAGUCCGAGAAAUUGAGCAGCGACACACAAUGGAUGGCCCCCGGCAAGAUAUAUCUCUAGAUGAGGAAGAGGACAUGGUGAUCAUUUACAACAGAGUUCCCAAAACUGCAAGCACCUCAUUUACCAAUAUCGCCUAUGACCUGUGUGCAAAGAAUAAAUAUCAUGUUCUUCAUAUCAAUACUACCAAAAAUAAUCCAGUGAUGUCACUGCAAGAUCAGGUGCGCUUUGUAAAGAACAUAACUUCCUGGAAAGAGAUGAAACCAGGAUUUUAUCAUGGACACGUUUCUUACUUGGAUUUUGCAAAAUUUGGUGUGAAGAAGAAGCCAAUUUAUAUUAAUGUCAUAAGGGAUCCUAUUGAGAGGCUAGUUUCUUACUAUUACUUUCUGAGAUUUGGAGAUGAUUAUAGACCAGGGUUAAGGAGACGAAAACAAGGAGACAAAAAGACCUUUGAUGAAUGUGUAGCUGAGGGCGGCUCAGACUGUGCUCCAGAGAAGCUCUGGCUUCAAAUCCCAUUCUUCUGUGGCCAUAGCUCCGAAUGCUGGAAUGUGGGAAGCAGGUGGGCUAUGGAUCAAGCCAAAUAUAACCUAAUCAAUGAAUAUUUUCUGGUGGGAGUUACGGAAGAGCUUGAAGAUUUUAUCAUGUUAUUGGAGGCAGCUUUGCCCCGGUUUUUCAGGGGUGCUACAGAACUCUAUCGUACAGUAGGAAAGAAAUCUCAUCUUAGGAAAACCACAGAGAAGAAACUCCCCACUAAACAAACCAUUGCAAAACUACAGCAGUCUGACAUUUGGAAAAUGGAGAAUGAGUUCUAUGAAUUUGCACUGGAACAGUUCCAAUUCAUCAGAGCCCAUGCUGUUCGAGAAAAAGAUGGAGACCUCUACAUCCUUGCACAAAACUUUUUCUAUGAAAAGAUUUACCCUAAAUCAAACUGAGUAUAAAUGUGAUUAUUAGAUUCUCAAACUAAAACAUUGACCCUAUCUUCAUCUUUGUUUUCAGCUCCACAACCUGUAUUGCUGAUAGAUAUAUAUGACAGUUUGUAUUGAGCUGAAUUAGGAAACAAUAAUGUUAAGAUAGUAGAUACUGACUGAUAAUGUCAGUGUUCUAAGAAGUUCAAUUUUCAGGCAUUUUUCUUGUUUCUGGCUAAAUUUUGGUAAGAGUUGUGUAAACUCCUGCCUGGAAAAACAACACACAUCACCUAAGAUAAACACAUGGCAGGUCUAAUCAAAAGGCAAAAUACAAUUUCAGAAAAGGUUCUGAUACUUUUGUUUUGGAUAAAGCAUUUUUUCAACUAACCAUGAAUGAAGAUGAAUCCAUUUGUCCACUUCUGCCUUCACCAAAGGUUUGGGCUAUACACCUCUACUGAAUAGUGUUAAUAACUGUUUGGCAGUGUGUGCUUUGUUUUGUGAAUCAUGUCUCAUGAAAUUUAUUGGAAUGUUUUAUCAUGUUUGCUGAGAAAUGUUUCUGCUGUAGUUGGAUUUGCCCAUAUUUAUGUAGGUGAUUUUUUAAAAAUAAUCAUUAGUGUUAAAAACCCAGUUUAAACCAUGAUUAGUACUGUAAAAAGAUAAAGUGUCAAAGCGUUAUUUCUCAUUCCUUUCUCCCCAGUAUGUAAUAUUGGGAAAAUACUUCAAAGAAUGUUAAGAUCAUCUGAAGUUUCAGUUAAGACUUCCACACAUUAAUAUCAAAAAAGUAAGCUAAUGUUUGUUUCUCCAUACGUUAUUUGUAAAGCUAUAAACUGAAAUAUUGGUGACUCCAUAUUAUGACUCCAUUAGUGAGCUGUGGUAUGGGUAGGAUUUUCCUACUUCUUCUGUACUUUUACCUGUAGACUAUUUUUACUACGGUGCUUUAUAAUGUGUUUUAAAGCAUUGCAUUUAUAAAAAAAAAAAAGAAAAAAUAAACAGGAAAAUGCUGUAAAUAUUGCAUAUUUUAUGUAUUUGGACCAAAAGGUUACAAAUAAUUAGACAAAAGUAGUUUUGCACCAAUUUUAUUAUGUCAAGUAAAACCAUCUGACCUACUGUUCUUGUAUUUCUCAUUUAACUUUCCUGUUAAGAUAUCACUAAAAUGGGGGCGGCGCCUGUGGCUUAGUCGGUAAGGUGCCGGCCCCAUAUACCGAGGGUGCAGGUCAAACUGCAACAAAAAAAUAGCCGGGCGUUGUGGCGGGCGCCUGUAGUCCCAGCUGCUUGGGAGGCUGAGGCAAGAGAAUCGCUUAAGCCCAGGAGUUGGAGGUUGCUGUGAGCUGUGUGAGGCCACGGCACUCUACCGAGGGCCAUAAAGUGAGACUCUGUCUCUACAAAAAAAAGAAAAAAAAAAAAAGAUAUCACUGAAAUGAACUUCAGUAAGCUUUCGAUUUUGAUACAGUUCAUGUUCACAACUGGAGGCAGUAGUUAUAGUGGAAAGAGUACUGGGAAAGGAGUCAAAAAACUUGAUUUCAGGUCCCAGCUCUGCCACUUAACCAGCUGUGUGAUCCUGGGCAAGUCACUUAACCUCUCUUUGCCUCAAUUUCCUCAUCUUGAAAUGAGGAUAAUAAAACCUGCUGUACCUACCUCACAGGGCUGUUGUGAGGAUUAAAUGAGAUGGCAUGUGAAAGCACUUUGAAAAUUGUAAAGCGCUAUAUAAAUGUAAGGUAUUAUUAUAGAAACAUCUUUAACAUAUAGUUUCAUAUCAUUCAUUUUUUAACAAAGGGAAAUGUCCGCUUGUAAGCUGGUUGAAAAAAUUAAUCUUGAUAUAAAUUCAUGUUUGAUAAAUAUCUUCUCAGUGUUUUAUCGUCCAUGUUUCAACAAUUAUUGAAAUAUGAAACACCUGUGAACUCUUAAACCUUCAUGAGCAGCUGCUUGAGUUAUGGAGGUUCCCUUUUGGAAAUACUGUAGACUUUUGUUAGCUGUGAGGAGUGAGGGAAACGUUACUCUUCAAAUUUGAAAGAUCUAUCUGUUUUUAUUUUAUAUUGCUAUUCGGAAAUAGUUGCUAUUUUAUACGUAUCAUUUUUUAAGGUAUGUUUUGCAGAAUUUAAUUUCCCUGUGCAUUCUUUACUUUUUUCACUUCUUGGAGUAAUAGAGAUAAAGAAUUUUAGAAAUAUUUUAUAAAAGAAUAAUCUUUGAGAGUAGCACUUGUGGCUCAAAGGAGUAGGGCUCUGGCCCCAUAUGCUCUAGGUGGCAGGUUCAAGCCCAGCCCCGGCCAAAAACUGCAAAAAAAAAAAGGAAUAAUCUUUGAUACGUUUAGUGUAAGUAAAUAUUUCUGAACAAGGCUUCUUCAAACUUAGCAUUUUAGGCAGGUUGCCGUAAAGGUUAUUCAUUGCGUGGGAGGGGAGGAGGGAAACUUAAUCAGAAAACAUUUGCAAACAGAAGAGACCUGAAGGAAUGGCAGGAUCAUCUUAGCACCCUUUUCCCUCAAUAAUAUAAAAAUAUUAAGAGAACCUAGCCAGGCAUAAUUUUAAUUGGAUUUUCCUUUCCUUUUUUUAAAAUAACUUUUAUUGACAUUCCUAAAAAUUAUUUCCUUCCCCAAAAGUAAAGCACCACUUUAAAGUGAGGUUUGACCUUUACCUACUAACAAACAACGCCCAGGAUGCAGGUUAUUUCUUGGAGUACAUGCUAAAAUCUUCUUACUUUUAGGUAAUUAGAACAGCACUUGGUGCCCUUGAUCAGCAGUCAGUAAAUUUUCUGUAAAGGGCCAGAGAGUAAAUAUUUUAGGCUUUGCAGGCCAUAAAGGUCUCUGUCACAACUACUAAACUCUGCCAUUGUAACAAAAGCAGCUGUAGACUUAUGUAAACAAAUGAGCAAAUCAUUAUUCAAUGAGAAAUCACUUUUGUAUCUGUACUUCAGUAGCAUAAGAGAGUUUAUAAACUUCUAAUAUCUCUUAACUUAGGUCCAAAGAUUUGAUUUCUGAUUCAUGCAGGCUCUCCCACAGAUUUAUAAACUUUUAUGGUUUAUAUUGCUUCCAAGUAGGCAUAUUUUCUUUCCAAGUUUAACAGUUCAGAAUAGGGACAUUUAUUUUAUCAUCUUUUAGGGUGGGUUAGGAGUAUCUUUUCUGGAGAGUGAGAAAGGGGUAUAUUUAAUUCCUUUUGGUCCAAUACAGACAUAGGAGUCUUGAGUCCUAAUAAUGCCUAAUUUUAUAAUCAAUUAAAUAAAUAGAACCAUUAAGACAAUAAUGUAUUUUUUUAAAGUGGCAAAUGUGGUUUUCUUUUUUCAGCCUAUGUGCUUUUUCAGUAUUUUGACCAUAGGGAGAUAAUUCUUUUAUAAUACAAAAGUAAAUUAACCACUUUGAAUUUUAAAGAUAAUGUUAUAUGUGUAUGUGACCAUAUAUAUAUAUAUGUUUAUUUCCUAAAACAAGAAAAGGUACCUUUUUUGUUCAACUUGUAUUAACUCCUGUUUUCUAAUUGCUGUGAAAUGGCAAAUGUUGAUAAUUUAUUGUGACUGUUUUAAAAUGUAAUGAGGAAGAUAUAUUUUUAUUUUACCCAGCUUUAAUAUGUAAAAUAUCACUCAAAUAUAUGUGAUAGCAACACUAAAAA